CUAGUGAAACAAAAAAAUUGUGAUCGUAUUAAAUGAGAAGAAAUAUGAGGAUAGAAGUGGGUUUAUUCAAUUUUCAAAUAGCCUUAUUUCCCUAUUCCUCUUUGUGCUACCGCUUCUCUCCUCUCUCGAGUGAUCCGAAGGUUCUCCCAGUUGAUAACCUUUUUGAUGACGUCGAAGAAUUUCGAACCACUAAGAUGGUCGCAUAUCUCUCAAUAAUUUUCAUUAUCUCAUCAAGGUGAACGAAUUUUUUUGUAGUGUUUAAUUUUUAUCGACUCCAUAGUCUAGACAUUAUCUGUGAAUAUUAUUUAUGAGUCUUUCUAAUUUUUGUGUGGUACUUUGAUAAGGAGAUAACAUAUAAGCGAUCAUUUUGCAAUUUGUUGGCUCUCAACUAGAUGAAGAAUCAACUAACUUUGUUCUUCAAAUACAUAUACGGAGGUUCAAUUUAGUGUUAUUUUUGUCCAAGGUAGUAGGUAGUGUGUCGCGGUCUGUUACGGUUUACUGCGGUAGACCGCGGUCCAAACCACUUCAGACCACGCACUAAAGGAGGAGACCGCAGACCAGACCAGACCAUAGUUCUGGUCUCACGGUCCAGACCAAACCAUACGAUACGGUCUAGACCGCGGUUUCCCAUACGGUUUGGUCUGGAUUCCCAACCCUAUUUGCAAGUAUGGAGCACUAACGUAUUUGUAGUUCGUAUCUAGAUUAUAGCAGUAUAGUGAUAUACAAUUGUGUUGCGUGGAGAGUGGCGAUACAAUAUUGUAUAUUGAUCUUGCUCAACAUGGAUAUUUUUUUCAUUUUGAGUUUUGUAUUCAACUUUUGUGUCAAUGAGCUAUGAUUUCAUAUUUCACCGACUAGGGGUGGAAUAUGACAAUUAAAUAUGAUCAUGUAUUUUUUUCACACAAAAGCAAAAACAUACAUAUAAAAUUUACUAAAGGUACCCAUAUCUAAUGAAUUGAUUCUCCAAUCUUUCGAUUAUAGUGUCUAAUAAACUAAAAAAUUCUCACAUAAAACUGCUUAGGUGUGUAUUUGACCUAUUAACCAAACAUAGCGUUUAGUUCUGGGUUCCUGCAAAUUUGCUAGAAAAACAAAGAUAAAAGUAUGUUAUGGGCCUCAACCUCCCCGCCCAUUGCCACCACCAUACUCUCGAAUAAAGAUAAAAGUAUGCUUAUGGGCCUUAACCUCCCCGCCAUGCCACCACCAUACUCUCGAACAGGGUGGUGGUGGAACCCGAUUAUUUGGUCGCCGAGGCGGUGAAACACAAACACUUUCCCUCCUUUAAAGAAAACAAAAGAAUUUCUUUUGUCUUGAAAAACAUAACGAGCCCUCAUCUUGUUCACGGUCCAGUAGACAGUUGAGAAUGGGAAGAGAGAGACAGAAAGAAGCAACGAGACAAAAAUGAUUGAUCUUGAAAUCUCUUAGAAAGGAACACUUCUCCUUCUUCUUCUUCUUCUUCUUCUUCCACACUCGCCGCCACCCACCAUUUUCAGCUGCUUAGCUUGCUGGUUACCGGUGAGCUAAGAAACCAACACCAACACGCUUGGAGAAGAAAAUUCUCAGCAAAACUUAUCCCCAGCAAGAAGUUGUCACUCACUGGAGUAGUCACAGAGAGUGUUGAGGAGCUCAGUAUCAUUAGCAGGCAGCAACGGUAAGUCACUACAACUGGGUUUUUUUUUUUUUUUUGUAAUAAUCCUCCACUUGCCAUGAACGAAAUUGAUGAUAUGUUGAAGCUGUGUAGUGAAAGUGAAGUCCUUUAUUUCUUUAUAUAGCGAAUUAAGUUAUCCCAGAGCUCAGUUGGCAAAAUCUAGCAUUUCCCAACUCAUGCUUUCUCUUACAGCUUCUUUCCUGUACGUGUAACCGAGCUCAGAUUCUUCUUGUUGUUUACUCUGGUUCUCAGCUUUGCACUAGGAAUAUUUCAUAGAUUUUAUUGCUUUCGAACUCUUGUGUAAAAGAGGCUGUGAUAUGCCUCAUUCCAUUGGAUUCCCUGCAACUCUCUCAGUCUCACUGUCCUAUUUUGUUUACAGUUCAGGGAAAGAUGUCUACUUCAAGACCUAGUCAAGCCUCCAGCAACUCUGGGAGAUCAAGGCACAGCGCUAGAGUUAUUGCUCAGACCACGGUGGAUGCAAAGCUUCAUGCGGACUUUGAGGAGUCGGGCAGUUCUUUUGACUACUCGAGCUCAAUGAGGGUUACCAGUUCCCUCUCUGGACGUCAACAACCUAGGUCCGACAAAGUAACCACAGCUUAUCUUCAUCAUAUCCAGAAGGGCAAGGUGAUCCAGCCUUUCGGCUGCUUGCUAGCACUGGACGAGAAGUCACUGAAAGUGAUUGCAUACAGCGAGAAUGCUCCGGAAAUGCUGACGAUGGUUAAUCAUGCAGUACCAAGUGUGGGAGACCAUCCAUUUCUGGGCAUUGGAACUGAUUUGAGGACUAUCUUCACAGCACCUAGUGCCACUGCCUUGCUUAAGGCCCUUGGAUUUGGGGAUGUUGCUCUUCUGAAUCCCAUCUUAGUUCAUUGCAAGACUUCAGGGAAGCCGUUUUAUGCUAUCGUCCAUCGGGUCACUGGUAGCUUGAUAAUUGACUUCGAACCUGUGAAGCCUUAUGAGGUGACUACGUCAACGAAGGGUGCGCUGCAAUCGUACAUGCUUGCUGCUAAAGCAAUAACUCGGUUGCAAUCAUUACCUAGCGGGAGCAUGGAAAGACUUUGUGACACCAUGGUUCAGGAGGUGUUUGAGCUUACUGGAUAUGAUAGGGUGAUGGCUUACAAAUUCCAUGAUGAUGAUCAUGGGGAAGUUGUCUCUGAGCUCACAAAGCCCGGGUUGGAGCCGUACUUGGGUUUGCAUUAUCCAGCAACUGAUAUUCCACAGGCAGCACGAUUCCUGUUUAUGAAAAAUAAGGUUAGGAUGAUUGUUGAUUGCCGUGCAAAGCACAUCAAGGUACUUCAAGAUGAUGAACUUCCAUUUGAUCUGACCUUAUGUGGUUCUACCCUGAGGGCCCCUCACACUUGUCACUUACAGUACAUGGAAAACAUGGACUCUAUUGCUUCGUUGGUUAUGGCUGUCAUUGUGAAUGAGGGGGAUGAUGAUAGCGACAUUACUAGCUCUGAACAGCCCCAGAAGCGAAAAAGGCUUUGGGGUUUAGUUGUAUGUCAUAAUACUAGCCCACGGUUUGUUCCAUUCCCUCUUAGGAGUGCUUGUGAGUUUCUAGCUCAAGUAUUUGCGAUCCAUGUGAAUAAAGAGCUAGAGUUAGAAAAUCAGAUGGUGGAAAAGAAUAUCCUUCGUACUCAGACACUAUUAUGUGAUAUGUUGAUGCGUGAUGCACCGUUAGGUAUUGUAACACAGAGUCCAAACAUUAUGGAUCUAGUGAAAUGUGAUGGUGCUGCACUAUUUUACAAGAACAAGGUGUGGAGGUUGGGUGCAACACCUAGCGAUUUCCAGAUACAAGAUAUUACUCGCUGGCUCUCAGAGUACCAUAUGGAUUCCACUGGUCUGAGUACGGAUAGCUUGUAUGAUGCAGGUUACCCAGGAGCUUUGGCUCUUGGUGAUGUGGUUUGUGGAAUGGCAGCUGUGAGAAUAACUUCUGGUGACCUUCUAUUUUGGUUCCGUGCUCAAACUGCAUCUGAAGUUCGAUGGGGUGGUGCAAAGCAUGAACCUGGAGAGGAAGAUGACGGAAGGAAAAUGCACCCAAGAUCUUCUUUCAAGGCAUUCCUUGAAGUUGUCAAGACAAGGAGCUUGCCUUGGAAGGACAAUGAAAUGGAUGCCAUUCAUUCUCUGCAGCUUAUAUUAAGAAAUGCAUUCAAGGAUGUCGAGGCCUUAGACGUGGAUACAAGAAUGAUUCACACAAGGCUUAGUGACCUAAAAAUUGACGGGAUGCAAGAACUAGAAGCAUUGACCGGUGAGAUGGUCCGUUUGAUCGAAACAGCUACAGUGCCAAUCUUAGCAGUUGAUGUAGAAGGUCUUGUCAAUGGGUGGAAUUCCAAAAUUGCCGAGUUAACUGGUCUUAAUAUUGAUGAAGCAAUAGGAAAACAUUUGUUGACCCUUGUGGAAGAUUCUUCAAUAGACUCAGUGGAGCAGAUGCUAUCCUCCGCGUUGCAAGGUAGAGAGGAGCAGAAUGUCGAAUUCGAGAUAAAAACUCAUGGUUCCAGGAGUGACUUUGGUCCCAUUAGAUUAGUUGUGAACGCUUGUGCAAGUCGAGACCUUCAAGAGAAUGUUGUAGGGGUCUGCUUUGUGGCUCAAGAUAUCACUGGGCAUAAAAUUGUUAUGGACAAAUUCACCCGUAUAGAAGGUGAUUACAAAGCAAUUGUACAGAAUCCAAAUCCAUUGAUUCCUCCAAUAUUUGGAAUUGAUGAAUUUGGCUGGUGCUCCGAGUGGAAUACAGCCAUGAUGAAGCUCACUGGUUGGAAGCGAGAGGAGGUACUGGAUAAAAUGCUGUUAGGGGAGGUGUUUGGGACCAAUGUGGCAUGUUGUCGUCUCAAAAACAAAGAAGUGUUUGUUAAUUUGGGCGUUGUACUAAAUAGUGCAAUGACCGGCCAAGAACCUGAGAAACUGUCCUUUGGUUUCUUUUCACGGAAAGGAAAGUAUGUUGACUGCUUGUUGUGUGUCAGCAAAAAGUUGGACCAAGAGGGUGCAGUGAAUGGAGUGUUCUGCUUCCUGCAGCUAGCUAGCCAAGAGCUGCAACAAGCGCUUCAUGUUCAGAGGUUGUCAGAGCAAACUGCACAAAGGAGGUUGAAAACCUUGGCUUACAUAAAAAGGCAGGUUAGGAAUCCUCUGUCUGGAAUGAUAUUUUCCCGGAAAAUGAUGGAGAGCACCGAACUGAGAGCAGAACAGAAGCAGCUCUUGCAUACCAGUGCGCAAUGCCAACGUCAGCUUAGUAGGAUCAUUGAAGACUCGGAUCUCGAUAGCAUCAUUGAAGGGUGCUCGGAUCUGGAAAUGGUUGAGUUCACUCUGCAUGAAGUACUGGUUGCCUCUAUCAGUCAAGUUAUGAUGAAGUGCAACGGGAAGGGUAUUCAAAUAGUUAAUGAUGUAGCAGAAGACAUCAUGGAUGAGACCUUAUACGGAGAUAGCAUUCGGCUUCAGCAGGUGUUGGCAGAGUUCUUGCUGAUAUCGGUAAACUCCAUGCCAACGGGCGGACAGCUUACUGUAGCAGCUAACUUGAGCAAGGACCAGUUGGGGCAGUCUGUACAUCUCGUGAAUUUGGAGCUAAGGAUAAUGCAUGCCGGUUCUGGGGUACCUGAAGGAGUAUUGAGCCAAAUGUUUGACGUGGAUGGUGAAACCUCAGAGGAGGAGGAGGGUAUCAGCUUGCUGAUUAGCCGGAAGCUGGUGAAGCUCAUGAAUGGAGAUGUGAAGUACCUAAGGGAGGCUGGGAAGUCGAGUUUCAUAAUCUCGGUUGAACUCGCCACUGUCGCAACUCCUGAACCCUAAAUGCUUCCCUGCCUUCUUCUUUCGUAACGAGUAUGUAACUCAAAAGGGAGUCCUUUGGUGCAGGGUAUGUGCGGAUAAACCUUGAGAGUGGCGAGGUUGGAUGGUGUUGCUGUGAACAAACCUUUGAUGAUGUUGUUGUUGUUGUUGUCCCCGUUGUUGUUAUGGUGUUAGUAGAGGUGUGUUGUGGCAAUAAUACCAGGAACACUGCAGUUUCCAUCACCAAUGAUUUGUUCUUCCCAUUUCUAAACUCUUGUCUGUCAAUCCAAGUCUUUGCAAUUCGGCCUGCUAGCUCUCUUCUUUCUUGCUCCUACCAACGAGCAGCAUCUAGGCAAGAAGAGCAUUAGAAACGUUGGAUGGGUAAAAGUUAAUGUGGAUGGAAGCAAGCAAGAUGAGCCAUUGUCGUCAGCAGUUACAGAAUCACAAAGAUGGAUACCCUUCCUCAUUAUUAUCCUCAUUAUCGACAAAUAAAAAGUUUCACAUUUA